ACUGAAAAUUUUUUUGAAGUAUCGUUAUACCUCUUUGCAAAAUUGAAAAAAAAAAAUUUUUUUAGUUUUUCGGAUUUCACACGACUUUUUUUGAAACUGUUUUGACCUGAUUGACACGACCUUUUGAAGGACUCAAAUUUACUGUGAUUGUCAUAGUAAUUAGCAGUCUCCAAUUUACACGCAGGAAGAUAAUGCGGUUACAGUAUCUAGACUAGACCAAAUAUACGAGAGUUAUGUUAUUUGAAGAGUCAUGGUUUAUGGUUUAAUAAAGGGUUUGAUACGAAGUUUAAUUAAUAAUCACUAAUUGAAAUUGGAUAUAUAAAUCAGGUUCAAUCGUAUAUUUAGAUAGUUUUAAUUUGCCAUUGAUAUCUUUUCCUCCUAUCAUUCAAUAACAUUGUUGCUAUAAUGACAUCAGAAGAUCAAGUUAUAACAUCGCUAUUGGAUACUGAUUUGUAUAAAUUGUUUAUGCAUGCGGCUGUGAAUCAACAUUUCCCCGAUGUUAAAGUGGUCUACAAGUAUACUAAUCGUACUCCAUUGAUGGUUCUUACUGAAGAAGCUAUAAAUUGGUUAAAACGUCAAAUAAGUUUAUUAGCUAAUUUAUCUUUCACCGACCAUGAAAUUGAAUAUAUUAAGAAAGCAUUACCUCAAAUGCCUGAAUCGUAUAUCACCUAUUUAAAGACGUUCAAAUUAAAUCCAUCCGCUCAAGUGAAAUACUCUAAUGAUACUAAAGAUUUUGAUAAAUUCCAAUUAGAAAUUGAAGGUAAUUGGAAUGAUACAAUUUUAUAUGAAAUCCCUGUCCUUGCAUUAAUAUCAGAAGCUUAUUUCAAAUUCGUGGAUUCAGAUUGGAACUACAAUGGUCAAAUUGAAUUGGCUCAACAUAAAUGUAAACAAUUAUUUGAUAAUGAAUGUAGUUUUAGUGAAUUUGGUACAAGACGAAGAAGAUCAUUUAAAACUCAAGAUACUGUGGUUAAGGCUUUAAAAGAUUAUGCAUUAUCCAACCCUCAUCAAGCCAAGUACUUAGCUGGUACUUCAAAUGUCUUAUUAGCAAUGAAGUAUGAUUUAGCCCCCAUUGGUACUGUUGCUCAUGAAUGGUUUAUGGGUGUUGCAUCUAUAACUCAAGAUUAUGUGAAUGCUAAUAAAUUAUCCAUGGAUUAUUGGCUUGAAACUUUCGGACCUCGAUAUGCUGGAUUAGCUUUAACUGAUACUUUCGGAACUGAUUCUUAUUUAAAGGCAUUCAUAAAACCUUAUAGUGAUCAUUAUAGUGGUGUGAGGCAAGAUAGUGGAGAUCCUGAACUAUAUGCGGAGAAGAUUGCUAAUCAUUAUAAUAGUUUAGGUUAUGAGAAAUUCUCUAAAGUUAUUUGUUUUAGUGAUUCGUUAAACAUUGAAAAGUGUAUAAAAUAUAAACAUAAAGCAGAUACCUUAGGUUUAAAAGCUACUUUUGGUAUAGGUACAUUCUUCACUAAUGAUUUCAAAUCUGCCAAGGAUCCACAAAUCAAAUCCCAACCUCUUAAUAUCGUUAUAAAGUUAAAAGCAGCUGGGGGUAAUGAUAGUAUUAAAAUCAGUGAUAAUUUAGGUAAAAAUAUGGGUAAUCCUGAAGUUGUUGCUAGCGUUAAAAGAGUGUUAGGUUAUGAAGAGAGAUCAUGGUCUGAAGGGGAUGAAUCUAAAAGAUGGAAAUAGAAGAAACUAUUUAUUUAUUUAUUUAUUUAAUUAUAUUACUAUAUAUCUUAAUCCAUGUAAUUGCAAUAAAUUUAAAGGUAGGUGGG